GCCGUCGGCUGAAUCGUGGGUCAGCGCGAGCGUUGCUCCCGGUGCUUGGAGUGAACGCUGAAGCUGAAUUGAAGAACCGGUUUAAUUCGUAUUGACGGAGUCGUUCCGAUUAUCAAUACUGUGAUAUUUUUCUUAAACAGCCAGUAUUUGAUUUUGUUUCUGUCUGUGUGUGUGUGCGCGCUUCUGUGUGGCGGAGGAGGAGCGGGGUCGUUGAGGGAGGAUGAUGUGCGAAGUGAUGCCCACCAUCAGCGAGGACACCCUCACCCAGAGGGGGUCCCAGAACGGGGCGGAGGACGCCAAUUUCGAGCAGCUGAUGGUGAACAUGCUGGACGAGCGGGACAAACUGAUGGAGACCCUGCGGGAGACGCAGGAAACUUUGUCCCUCACUCAGGAGAAGAUGCAAGAGGUGGCCCACGAGAGGGAUCUGCUGCAGCGCCAGUUGAAUUCAGCUUUACCCCAGGAGUUUGCUGCACUAACAAAGGAGUUAAAUGCCUGCAGGGAACAACUUUUGGAGAAAGAGGAAGAGAUCUCUGAACUGAAAGCAGAGAGGAACAAUACGAGACUAUUACUUGAACAUCUGGAGUGCCUUGUGUCAAGACAUGAGCGAUCUCUACGAAUGACUGUGGUCAAGCGACAAUCACAAUCUCCAUCGGGAGUGUCCAGUGAAGUGGAAGUCCUGAAGGCUCUGAAAUCAUUAUUUGAACAUCAUAAAGCUUUGGAUGAAAAGGUUCGAGAACGACUUCGAGUUGCAUUGGAGAGAGUAUCGACACUAGAAGAGCAAUUGACUUCAGCCAAUCAGGAGAUGACUGUACUGAGACAACAGACUGUGCAUACGCAAAGGAAAGUAGGAGCUAGUGAGCAUGCAGAAGAUAGACAAAUUUCAGACAGCAGUGAAUCUACUCAGAAGACAACGUGGAAGAGACUUUCAAAUGGAUCAAUUGAUCCCAACGAUGAGGUCAGCCAGGUUGUGGAAAUGCAGGAUUUACUGGAGAAACAGAACUUUGAGGUGACCCAGAUGAAAGAACGUCUGACUGUACUAUCGACACGUGUGGCAGAGCUGGAGGAAGAUCUGGACACUGCCAGGAAAGAUCUGAUCAGAUCUGAGGAAAUGAAUAACAAGUAUCAGCGAGACAUCAGGGAGGCAAUGGCACAGAAGGAGGAUAUGGAAGAAAGAAUCACAACCCUAGAAAAGCGUUAUUUAGCUGCACAGAGAGAGUCCACAUCAGUGCACGAUCUUAAUGACAAACUUGAAAGUGAACUCGCAAAUAAGGAGUCUCUACACCGCCAGAGUGAAGAGAAGAAUCGACAUAUCCAGGAACUGUUGGAGUUGGCUGAGCAAAAGCUACAGCAGACAAUGAGGAAGGCUGAGACGUUGCCUGAGGUGGAGGCUGAACUUGCACAACGGGUCGCAGCUUUAACCAAGGCAGAAGAGAGGCAUGGGAGCAUAGAAGAGCGCUUAAGACAACUUGAGGGACAGUUGGAAGAAAAAAAUCAAGAACUAGCAAGGGCUCGCCAACGGGAAAAGAUGAACGAAGAGCAUAACAAACGUUUGUCAGACACAGUGGAUCGACUGCUCUCGGAAUCGAACGAAAGGCUCCAGCUGCACCUGAAGGAGCGAAUGGCUGCUCUGGAAGAAAAAAACACAUUAAUACAAGAAGUGGAAAGUACAAGAAAACAACUUGAGGAAUAUCAUCAGGACAAGGAGAGACUGGCCAAUGAAAUUGGCAAGCUAAGGGCAGAAGUGGAGCAGCUGAAACUGAGGACAGGAGCAUUUGCAGAAAGUGUGCAUCCACGGUCUCACCUGGGCAGUGCAACAGAUCUGAGGUACCCACACAGUUCUGUGGUAGAGACACCAUCUGAUCAUUACGGGACACCAAAUGUGCUACGGCGAGCUCAGAAAGGGCGCUUCACACCUCUGCGAGAUGAACCUACCAAGAUUCAAGCUCUAAAUGAGCAGGACUGGGAAUGUGCUCAGCAGGCAAGUAUAAUGACCAGUGUGACGCACACCUUUGAAAGUGACCCAGAAAUGUCUGAUGUUGAUGACGAAGAUGGAGAGACCAUGUUCAGUUCAGCAGACCUGCUUUCACCUAGUGGACACUCGGAUGCUCAGACUCUAGCCAUGAUGCUACAGGAGCAGCUUGAUGCCAUCAAUAAAGAAAUCAGAAUGAUCCAAGAGGAGAAGGAGUCUACUGAGCAACGAGCUGAGGAGAUAGAGUGCCGUGUAGGUAGUGGAAGUAUGGAUGGGCUAAAUUUAACACGCAUUCGAACAGGCACCUCCAUUCCAACAUCCCUCACUGCCCUGUCUCUCGCCAGUUCUUCGCCACCUGUCAGUGGACGCUCCACACCCAAACUUACUCCACGCAGCUCUUCACAUGAUCUGGACCGGAAGGGCAUCAUGACAUUGCCUAGUGACUUAAGGAAACACCGUCGGAAGUCUUCAGUAGCAAGGGAUGACAACCGUGAAGAUAAAACCACAAUAAGGUGUGAAACAUCCCCUCCUUCUUCACCGAGGACCAUGAGGCUGGAAAAGCUUGCACACACGCUCCAAUCGACCAGCCAAGAAGAAGGUCGAGGUGCAUUAACAGCCGAGGAGUUCGCUAGCAAUCCCAGCAGCAACAACAGCAGCCAGGACUCACUGCAUAAAGCCUCAAAGAAGAAGGGCAUUAAAUCAUCUAUAGGGCGCCUGUUUGGGAAGAAAGAGAAGGCACAACUUAGCCAGCUUGGAAAGGAAAUGGCUUCAGUUCACGGAUAUGGAUACUUUGGUGGCUUAUUGGAUACAGAAAUGGGCAUGCAGGAUUCCCUUACUCUGAGCAAACUUGGAACACAAGCAGAGAGGGACCGAAGGUUAAAGAAAAAGCAUGAACUGCUGGAGGAUGCUCGGAGAAAGGGUAUGCCAUUUGCACAAUGGGAUGGACCAACAGUAGUAUCAUGGUUAGAGCUGUGGGUGGGGAUGCCAGCCUGGUACGUAGCUGCCUGUCGAGCCAACGUGAAGAGUGGAGCUAUCAUGUCUGCCUUGUCUGACACAGAGAUACAGAGGGAGAUAGGAAUCAGCAAUCCCCUUCAUCGAUUGAAACUCCGACUGGCAAUACAGGAGAUGGUGUCACUGACAAGUCCAUCAGCACCACCCACAUCAAGAACGUCCUCUGGAAAUGUUUGGGUGACUCAUGAGGAAAUGGAAAACAUGGCGGCUUCAGCAAAAACGGAGAAUGAGGAAGGCAGUUGGGCUCAGACUUUGGCUUAUGGCGAUAUGAACCAUGAGUGGAUUGGUAAUGAAUGGCUUCCCAGCCUUGGGUUACCCCAGUAUCGCAGCUAUUUCAUGGAGUGCCUGGUAGAUGCACGAAUGCUUGACCACCUCACCAAGAAAGACCUGCGGAUGCAUCUGAAAAUGGUUGACAGCUUUCAUCGCACUUGUUUACAUUACGGCAUCAUGUGUUUGAAGAGAUUGAACUAUGACAGGAAGGAACUAGAGAGGAGGCGAGAAGAAAGCCAGCAUGAAAUUAAAGAUGUGUUGGUGUGGACGAACGACCAAGUCAUUCACUGGGUGCAGUCUAUUGGACUACGGGAAUAUGCCAACAACAUCAUCGAAAGUGGGGUGCAUGGUGCCUUGGUAGCCCUGGACGAAAAUUUUGAUUACAACAGUCUAGCUUUAUUGUUACAAAUACCCACACAAAAUACACAAGCAAGGCAGGUCUUGGAGCGUGAAUUCAACAACCUGUUGGCUUUAGGAACUGAGCGGAAGUUGGAUGAUGGUGAUGAUAAAAGUUUUAGGCGGGCACCAUCAUGGCGAAAACGUUUUCGACCGCGAGAAAUCCAUGGUAUUACCAUGAUGCCAGGGUCGACAGAAACACUACCUGCAGGAUUCAGGGUUACAGCAAUGUCCAGCCCAGCUCCAUCAGUACAGCUGAAGAAAAUUCAACCAGAAGUUGGCACAUCAGGGUCACAGAGGUUAGACGCAUCAACAGUCCGCACUUACUCCUGCUGACAGCCAGGUCAGUCAGGGAGUCAGCAGUCAUUACCAUCCAUUCCCACUACCUGUAUGGACACAUGCUGGCUGCCUUUCGAGAAUAAUCCAUUCCAUCUCUGUGAGAUCAACAAUGGAUGUCAAAUGCUGCUGCACAGUAGCUGGAAAGGCACAGAUGGUCAGAUGUACAUUGACUAUAAAUGGGCAAUAGUUUACUACAGUUCAGAAACAAAAUCUUAAACUUAUCAUUUUAUUUAUCUAGUAAUGACUUCCUUUAUGAGAUUAUACUUUACAAAGCUGGUAGAAAAUUCUAGGGAUCCAUUUUUGAGCUAUUUUACUGUAAUAAUGUUCUGGUACAGUCAGUAGUAAGUUCUGUCAACUUUUAACCUCAAGUACCAUUGUGGUUUAAUUUGUUGUAGUAAAUUUUCUCAAGUGUAUCAUACCCGCCGUAUGUAACUGUAUGGCCAUGAAGUAAUGCAAGUUUUUUUAUGUAAAUGUAUAUAAAACGCUGACUGUAACAGCAUUUUUUAGAUAAUUUAAUGGAAUUUGAAGUAUGUAGAUUCAACCUAAACACUGUCUUAAUCAUUGUUUCUGCCAUUUUAACCUUGCCAAUACCUUUUACAGGCAUCCUGUUCCAUUGACUGAGGGCUUGUUCGUUUUAACAAAUGAAGUGUGCAAUUAUUUGUCUGCCAUAUUAACUGUAGCAUAACAUAUGACUGGAUGGCUUGAAACCUGAUUAGUUUUGGGUCGUUGUUGAAACAACUGAAGUGAAACAGACUUCUCCUGUGUACGUAAGCAUUGAAAAUCUCCGUUCAAUGGUGGUUCCCAGCUCUAGGAGACUCUUGCUCCACUGAACAUUUUAAAAUAAGAGAUAUACAGAAUAGUACUUUGAAAGGUAUUUAACUCAGCCUUGUGUCUACGGAAAGGGUUUGUUUCCUUCAGUUUUGCCUCAUGAACCCCUGAGUCUUACAUAUUAAAUAGCGUGUCUUUUCAGCGCACUUUCCUCAAGUGCGUCCAGAACACUAUUUUCCGCUCCACAUCACCCCUUUUUUCCUGCCUAUACAUGAGGACCUGGUUACAAAGGAUGUUUUUCAAAAGUAUAAGUACAUUAGAAAUAUUGCAUGUUUAUGAAGCUGCAAAGCAGCACGGCAUCCAAAAGGUGUCAAAGCUGACCAUUCUAAUAUCUGAUAUGGUUGUCAUCACUGAUGUUAAUGGAGCAAUUUUGAAAUGGACAGUUUCUAUUGCAAAAUGUUCUUUAAAUAUUCUGUAAGAUGUAUGGUUACAAAAGUACUUCACAAUUUUUCAAGCGAUGCCUUGUACACUUUAAACAAGGUACCUCCUCUUGUGAUUUCCCACUUUUAAGUACAGCCUCCAAAACUAGAAUCAGGGCAUUUUGCCUUUUCCCCUAUUUUUAAACUAAUGUGACAAUCUAAUUGUAGCUUAAGAGAAUAUUAUGAGGCAGAUGCCCAUUGUUAAAGUGGCCAUGGCCAUUCUAUGUAGGAUGGAAGGAACUGAUUACGUGAAGCUAGUAUCAAGUUAACACUUACUUCAGGUUGUCCAGUUAUUUCCUGAGGAAUUUAGCCAGGUUCCUUUUAAAGUGUGUUAAAGUGGCUAAGCACUGGGCACUUUCUAUUCCUCAAGUCUUUGUGACUGUUCCUUGAAAAAUAUCAAAUGGUGAUAACUUAUAUGAGGAUUGAUUAAAUGUUGAUCAUGUUUUAUAAAUUCAUUUUUAAUAAAUUGAUACAUAGUCCAUCUAAGACAAUAAAGGGUAUAUGGUUUUAAUUCAGCACUUUGUGGGGUGGCUAAAAUAAUUCUUGAACAUAAACUGUUUUGCAAUCACUAUAAUUAAAUAUUCUCAGUAAAGAAUUUUAAUUCCCAAGUGCCACAACGAAAAAUAUGCUUUAAUUUCUUCACAAAUCUUUUUUAAGGAGUUAAACAUUGUGCUGCAUGCAUAGAAUGAACACAGGACCACAGACUGAACUGACACUGAGCUGCGACUAUGAAGGUCAGCAUUAUACAUUAAAGCCCAGAAAAAACAUGGAGUCAUAAGUACUUAUUUAAAUAACAGCUGCAAUGGCGUCACCCAAAGUUUUAUCAAAAUUGUUCAAUAAAUUUAGGAAAUGUUGUUGGCAUUAUCUAAAUUCAAUUUCCUUCUGCUCAAUAAAUUUAUGAACAGCCCCCACUUUAAGUUAUUUGUUCUCAGAAGCCAGCAUGAUUAAUAAAAAUGCAUGAAAUUCACUCUGUUUAAUCUUGGGAAAGCAAACAUGUUGAGUAGCUUAUAUUGUCCCUUCAUACUUCAUAAUCAGAAUAAUGAAUCAAAAGGCUAGAUUUCCAAAGUUAUUCAAAUGUUUUAAAUUUGAUUGUUUUUAAAACACUUUUUAAUUAUCUUGAACAAAUAUUGUCUCUGCCUUAUUACAUUUCUCCCCUCUGAAAAUAUUAGUAUUAUGUGAGAAACAUCUUUCUUAAUGAAAUUUAUUGUCAACACUGCACUCUGAAUGAUCUCAUUGCUUGUCUUAACUUUCAUUUAACUAAUUAAAUUAUGUUUUAAAGGUAUCCAGUAGUAUCUUGUGGGAAUUCAGUUUAGUUCAUCCAUUUCUUUUUCUUUUUUGUUGUGAAAAAAUUUCAUUGAUACAUUUUGUGUCAGAAUGUAUACUUUUCAUAUUAGAUUGCAAAGAUAUGGUUCAGGAAGUGUGCUGUUCGGAGUUUCAAAAGAGAUUAAAUUAUUCUGUUAAAAUGGGGAGGAGCUCAUGCCAUCUUAUCGAAGUCUAGCUCUGCUCUACUGAAAGACAUGGCUUACCAUCACACACACGUACACACACCCUUUUACUCAAAUGCCAUAAACAUUGUUUAAAAUAUGUUUGAUACAUGAAGCGCACUUGUAAUAUGAUCUGACUCCAUACUCCUCCACCUGCCUCUAAAUUAUGUUCAUAUUUAACUCAACUGAAGUUAAAUUAGUAAAGGACCUUUUCAUCUUUGUAAUAAAAUCCUGAGUUCAAGAUAUAAUUUACAGACAUUCUGUUUCUUAAACAAAAGCACCUCUUUAUUUUGUCUUUCAGGCAGUGAUAGUGUACUCAGUCAUUGGUUUUGCACUUUCUUUUAUUCUCGCCAAGUUUGCCUUGUCAUGUGGUAAUUGUCAUUUUACCAAAUGUACUAACUCAAAGAAAAAAAUGUACAUACACUGAUGAAACAGUGAAUGAUAUCUGUCAACUCUACUAUUGUUUGACUGUGCAGCAUUUUUGUUACUUAUGCCUGUUUUUUUUAAAUGAUGAACAUUUCUUCUGAGUGUGCUGGGGCAAUGAUUGAAAACCUUAGUGAACAGAUCUUAUCUUGUUCCAUUUUCAUUCUGCAACACAUAGUUUGGGGGAAUUUUAUAGACAGUUGCCCAGAAAUCAUUAUUUACUGCUUAAUUAUGUGUCAAUCCCAUGUGUUUUUGUUUUGUUUUGAAUAUUACUGUUUAAAAUGUUUGGGUCUGUAAGGAUCAUUACUUGAGUUGUGUGUACCAUAAAAGGUGGGAGCAGAAGUAAGCCUUUUGGCCCAUCAAGUCUACUGUGCCAUUUGAUGAGAUAUUGGCUGAUGUCAUAAUCCACUUUUCUGCCUUUUCUCCAUAACCCUUGUUUCAUUUACUAAUAUUUCAGCCUUGAAUACAGUUAAUGACGCGGUCUGUACCGCUGUCUGUGGUAAAGAACUGCGCUGAGACAAAAUUUUCAUCCUUCUCUUAAAUGAGUGACCCCUUACUGAGAUUAAGCUUUCUGGUCCCAGAAUUUCCCACAAGGUGAAACAAUCUCUUCACAUCUACCCUAUCUAGCCUGUUAAGAGUCUUGCAUAUUUCAAUAAGGUGCGUAUCAUUUUUCUAAGCCCUAAUGAAUACAGGCCCAACUUACUCAACCUCUCCUCAUAGAGAAUACCUUGUUGGACUUGGGAUCAACAUAAUGAACCUUCUUUAGAUUGUUUCCAAUGUUGGUAUAUCUUAUCCAGGAUGCAUAGAUCAAAGCAAGAUAUACUUACAUUGAAGACAGUCCGGAGAACAUUCGUGUGGUCGAUCGCAGAUAUGGAGGUAUUUUCUUAUGAGGACACCCUUAGAAUUCAUUAGACUAAGAUCCAUUGGAUGAGAUUGGGAUAACCCAAAGCAAAGGGAUCUCAUUGGGAAUCAUGGACGUUCAGGCUAUGUUUAUAAAAUUAUGUUCAUUGCAACAAAACCUUGGUCUUUUUUUUGAAGAAUAUUCUAUCUCAUGUGAACCAAUCCCUUCACACAAUAUCUGGACGUUUUGUUAUGUCACCCAAGGGAAUAAAAACAGUGUCAUGAGAGCUACAAGCAAGCCUUUCAAAUAUAUAUGCACUUUGAUAAUGUCUUUAAUUUCUUGAUUUGAUUUGUUAGUAAAUUUGGAGAAUUCCAAAGAAUGUUUUGAGGUGUUCCUCAUUUCAUCGUUCCACAGUAAACAUAAAACAUUGAUGCACACAAAUUCAAAUAUCACUGAGUCAAAGAACUGUACAGCAUGGAAAUAGACUCUUUGGUCCACCCCUUCCAUGCUGACCAGAUAUCCUGAAUUAAUCUAGUCCCAUUUGCCGGCAUCUGGCCUAUAGACUGCUAAACUCUUUCUAUUCAUAUACUCAUCCAUUUGCCUUUUAAAUGUUGAAAUUCUACCAUCCUCCACCACUUCCUCUGUAGUGCAUUAAUUAUUUUUACUGGGUGAUUACAUAUAGCUUAUUGGACCGAAUAAAGACGUGCUGGCAUUUUAUUUAAGGGACGUUGUCAUCUCAUGAGCAUGUGAUGAUGCAGCUAAUGACAAUAUCACAAAAUACCUGGUCAUGGCAACCAGAAAAAUAAACAUUAAAAAGAAAGUAAACUCUGUAGAAGUUGGAUCAAGGGCCAGUAAAAUAGUCGAGACUGCAUAAUUGGCUGAACUUAUCUAAUUUUCCAAGGGCUUGACUCACCUGUACUGUCUGGCUGAAAGACCCCUGUAAAUCAUGGUGUGACUGGCCUGUUGAUGACGUGACAGAAAAAGACUAAUUUUGUGUAGUUUUAUGUAACACAAAUAUCAUCUUUGCUCCUGCAUCCAAACCUUCUGAUCUUAGAGGUAUGACAACUUCCUGCUGCUGUGAUAUUGUGUUUUGUAGAUACAUGUUCAACACUUUGCUGCUGCACACUGCUUCCUUAUGUACUUACAUUCCACCUUCUUUAAGUAACAAAUAUAUAAUCAGUGUUCACCUUGCUGCUUUAUGAGAUAGGGCACUUAUUCUACACAAGUCCAACCUUGUAGCUUUCUUUGGUUUUAUGGAAGAGAAAUUUAUUUGUGAACUGUGUACAUUUAUAAGUUGUAGCUCUUGCAGCAAGUGUUGGAUGGCUGGAAUACUAAAUGAUGGUCAUCACAUCACAUAAAUCUUUAACAAUUCAAAAAGAGAAACAAAAGAAUUACUGUUUAUAUUAGAGAUAAACAGCCAAGAAAAGCUAUCAUUGAAAAUUCCAUUAAUAGUUUCUUUACCAACAUUGCCUGGUUGGUUUAAUUUAUAAUGUGACAGAUACCAUGUUGGAAAAUGGCUAUUUAAUAAAUGGUGGAACAAGUCCACAUAGAAGUAAUACGUUGGAAGUUUUGCAAAUUCAACUGAAUUUACUGAACAUGAAGUGAUGUAUAAGCUUUGUGCUUCAGCAAAAUAUUUAGUUAUAAAUCUGGUGAACAGCUGGACACUCAUCAGAGAAUAACUUCUUUGCACGCAAGUAUCGUAAAUGUUGGAUCAAAUAUAGUAAUACAUCUACAUUUGAGGAAUAUGUAUGCCAUUAUCCACUUGUUUUAUUUUGCUCAUGUGUUCUCUGAGCUGUCUAAUGCAGACUGCUAUGAAGACCCAAUUAAUCAACUAACAAGUUUUGGUGUCAGAAGGGAGGUGAAUUUAGUUUUAAUUAUCAGUUGGUUUGUAUUGUGGUCCAAGAAGGACAAUAAACUGGCACUGAUAUUGUAAAUCUGAUCUUAAUAAUUAACUUCUAGUGAAUGAAAUGUGUUUGUAUGCAGUGAACUUUUGGUUUGGGUCAGAAUAAUUCUGAAGGUUGAUUAAGUAUUAUAAUUUUUGAGUUACUGACAGUCAUUGUCAGCCAUUCAGAAGUUAAGAUAACUCGAUUCUAUGAAAUGCAUUUCUUCCCAAAGUAAUAGUGGUCUUGCCUUGUAAUUUUUAAAAGAAAUGUGUAAGUGAUUUUUGGAAAAAAAGUCAGCAUUUUAAAAAAAAUUGCUGGUAAGUAUUAUUUAAGUUGUACAUUAACGUGCUGUUUGUUCUGGACUGUAUUAUAACCUUCUAUUUCAUGAGCAGCCUCGGACAUUAUUCUGUUUUUAAAACACAAAUGUGAUUGUUAUUUUUUUCCUGGCAUGGUUAUAACUCUGACAUCAAUGGGCAUUGCAUUAAACCUUUCAAGGAUCUCCCUGGCAUUAUACACUUUAUCCAUUAACGAGUGAUAAUGGGGAGCAAUUAAUAGUGUAUUUCUGAUGGUGGACAGUCAGUACUCUACACAAUGAAAAAUUCCUGUAUCCUUUUAAGAACUACCAAUGUUUGAAAUUUUGGGGAUAAAGACAAUCCUGAAUUCAAACCAGCUUAAUAGUUUUGAGCUGGAGUUGUUGCACACUUGGAAAGACAUGUUCAUCUGUGUCCGAAAUGUGGUCUUCCUUUCUGUUGCUUAAGGGAAUAAAAUAUAAUUGUUUGCAAGUUUCAGUAAACAACUGAGAACACAACAUUGUGGUAUUUGCACUUGAAAUGCUCUUGUUUUGUACAGUAUAUUCAAAUCUUUUGUUUCUUUUGUCACAGUAUUAUUUGUUGCCUGGUUCCAGUGGACACUAGAACUGAAACAAUUAUUUUCC